ACGUAUCCGCGCUGCAAGCCAGCAUGGCGACGCUCGCCUCUGAAAUGAGCAUGACGUACCAGAUCCGGCGGGUAGACGCAAAGCCCAAGGUGCUCAUCAUGGUGUCGAAAAUCGGGCACUGCCUCAACGACCUCUUGUUCCGCGUCAAGUCGGGCCAGCUCAAGGUCGACGUGCCGCUCAUUGUGUCGAACCAUGGCGAAUUCGCAGAGUUGGCAAAGAACAACGGUAUCGAGUUCCACCAUCUGCCGGUUACAAAGGACACCAAGGAGCAGCAGGAGACGCAGAUUCUCGACCUCAUCAAGCAGCACAAUAUCGAUCUUGUCGUGCUUGCGCGCUACAUGCAAGUCUUGUCCCCGCGCUUAUGCACGGAGAUGUCGGGCAAGAUUAUCAACAUUCACCACUCUUUCUUGCCGUCGUUUAAGGGCGCAAAGCCGUACCACCAGGCUUACGAGCGCGGCGUCAAGAUUAUCGGGGCUACCGCGCAUUUUGUCACGGCGGACUUGGACGAGGGACCCAUCAUUGAGCAGCGCGUUGCGAGGGUCGAUCAUGCGUUGAGCCCCAAGCAGCUAGUCGAGGAGGGCAGCAAUGUCGAGAGCCAGGUGCUUGCUGCAGCGGUGAAAUGGUGGAGUGAAAAGCGAGUGUUCUUGAAUGGACAGAAGACUGUUGUAUUCAAUUAAAAACACUCCAUUUAACUACUUAGACGGAUUUGGAAUUUGG